UAUAAAUAGACUACUUUCCUUAAGUGAUCAUGCAUAAUUCAUCUCCAUUAGCCAGCAGCUAGUAAUCAUAUAAAUAAUUCAAUUAAUAGCAACUUUCCGGCGGCCGGCGAUCAGCUAGCAUGUCUGCUUCGAACGUGUUUGGGAAGGCAAUCACGGUUCUCGAUUACCCGGACAGGGAAACGAGAGCGAGUGCGGCCUACGCACUGAUCAACGGCGACGACAAACACACGCAGGUGACCGACUACGUGAAGAAUCAGAAACAGUCUUAUGGGGACGGCAUUUCGGUUUUAGCCACCAUUUACAACGCCACCGGCGAGAACCUCUACUUCUCCACCUCCAAAGACUGGUAUGGGAAGCUGUAUACCGACGCCGGGGCCUCCUACCCGAAGAUCAUCCAGAACGGGCAGUGGGCGGGAUUCUUGCACAUCAAAAGCCCCGUCGUUGCUUCCGGCUCCGAAGCCGCCGUGGUUUACCGUGUCAAAGCCAAUGAGGGUACCGCCGGUGAGAAUGCCGAGGUUGUAAUUGCUUGGGAUGAUCCUUGGGCUCCUGGUUCCGAUAAUCAAGUGUACACGGAAAUUGCGAAGGCAGGAAGCUUAUCGAGUUGGGAUGAUAUCUAUAAGAAGCUGGAUUCAAUGUCAACGGCGGAAAGCAGCUUCAACCUGGGGCUCUACUCGACUGUGAGCAUUGGGCAGGACAGUUCCCCCAUUCUUGAGGCAAUUAUCACUAUUACUUAAUCGUCUCUGAGACUCUGACCACUCCGUUCUUCUCGCAUGCAUGAAUAAGGCUGGAAAUAAAUGCAUAUGCAUAUGCUGUUAGUUUGGUGUUGUUCCUAUUGGGUGUGGUGUUGAAAUAAGAUGCAGUACAUAUGUGUCUGCAGUCUUGGCUACGUACAGUUGCGAUUGUGAUUGAUGAUCAAUGGAUGGUACUCCGUAUAUAUGAAUGAAUUGAAUAAACUAUUCACUAUGAUUAGUGUUGCGCUGUUGCAUGUACGUACGUACUAUCUAAAUAAAGGAGAUAUAUCUCUUUUAUUUUCUAAAAUAAGACUGUCAUGUUUUUUAAUAUUAAAAUAGGACUAAUUACUGUCAUAUUUUGGCAGUAUCAGAUCGACUUCAAACAUGAUAAUAUUUUCCAAACUUGGCAGUAACUACUCUUAUUUUGGGAAUAAAAAACAUGACAGCUCUAUUUUGGAAUUUUCGAACUAUUUUAAUCCUAUUUCGGAAACUUUCCCAUUUUUAAUAUCCUUACGAACAAGCAAAUCAAAUCUAUUUAUAAUCCAA